CUCUUCACCUCCGGCGAUAUUUCGCUGCAUGUCAGGAAGAUGCGAUUCUCGGCCAUCCUUCUCACAGCCAUCCACCUUUGUGGUGUGUAUGCGCUGAGCCGUCGCGAUGAGAUCCUGGAACAGGCAGCCGCGAACGCAGCGAACCAGUAUAUUGUCGAAUACAAGACGACCCAGCUGGCCGCCCGCGAUGUAGAGGCAUCUCUCGCCUCACUCGAGGGCGUCGCAAUCCGCAGCUCUUUCGACAGCCCCAUAUUCCGCGGCGCCAGUGUAGAGGUCGCAGAUGGACUCGACGCCAAGGGUCUCGCGGCCCUGCCAAACGUCGCACGCGUGUGGCGGAAUGAGAUCGUCACGGUUGAGGAGGCCACGCCCGGCGAGUUCUUCCCUGACGAUGCCGCCGCCGUCAAGUACGACGUCUACUCGGCCACUGGAGUCGACAGGCUUCAUGCGGAUGGUAUCUUUGGUCAAGGCGUCAAGGUCGGCGUCAUUGACACCGGUGUUGCGUACAGUCACCCUGCUCUUGGCGGGGGCUUUGGUCCUGGCUUCAAGGUUGCUGGAGGCUGGGAUUUUGUGGGCAAUGGGGCGUUUCCGUCGGACCCAAAGAAGCCCGACGCCGACCCGGACGACCAGAGAGGCCAUGGAACCCACGUCGCUGGCAUCAUUGCCGGUGUAGGCAAGGCUUGGACCGGCGUCGCCCCCAACGCUACCAUAUAUGCCUACAAGGUCAUGGGCACACUGGACGUGACCGACGUGGAGACACUGAUCGAAGCCCUUCUGAGGGCCUAUGACGAUGGCAUGGACGUUAUCACCAUCAGCAUUUCGACCCCGGCCGGCGGUGGCUUUGCCGAUAUUGCCUGGGCAGAGGUUGCAUCUCGAAUCGUGGAGCAAGGAACCGUGGUCACCAUGUCUGCCGAUAACAAAGGCGACAGGGGCUUGUUCUGGAUCGGCGACGGGUCUUCGGGUCGUAACGUGAUUGCCGUCGCUUCCGUCGAUGCCAACUCGAGUGCAUCGGCCGCCUUCACUCUUGACUUUCACGCAGCAGAUGGCACCAAGAAGAGUGUUGUUUCGGGAUACAUUGCUGCUCCAAAACACUGGCCAUCUACAAUCCGCGACUGGCCGGUGAUCCCAAUGAACUUCAACACCAGCGAUCCUGCAGACGGAUGCAACCCGUACCCCGCCGGCACGCGGAAUCUUACAAACACAAUCCCCCUUGUCCGCCGUGGAACCUGCACGUUUGCUGUCAAGCUUGGUCACCUCGCCGCCCUCGGCGCUCAAUAUGUCAUGAUAUACAACAACGACAGCCCACUUCUCGACCCGAGCACAGACGAUGCCAAGCAGAGCAUGGGACUGGUCACAGCCGCGACAGGCAAAGCCAUCAUCGAAGCCGUGAAGGCCGGAGGAAACGUGACGGCCAGCUUCACACUCGACCCGGAAUCCCCCGUGGGCAUACCGAACCCAUCCGGAGGCCGCCCCAGCAUCUUUACUUCAUGGGGCCCCCUGUACGACCUCACCCCGAAGCCCGAGAUUGCCGCACCCGGCGGGCUCAUCUUCAGCACGUACCUCAACGGUGGCUAUCUGCAGAUGAGCGGCACCAGCAUGGCGACCCCCUACGUCGCCGCAACCGCGGCGCUGUAUAUUGGUGUCCACGGCGGCGGGGACAGGGCGAGCCGCCCAGCCGGGUUCGCGGCCCAGGUGCGCAGGAGAAUCAUCACGAGCGGCAUGGCCCUCCCCUGGUCCGAUGGCAGCGAGACGGACUUUGGCGUGGCGGCGAGCGUGGCGCAGGUGGGAAACGGGCUGGUCAACGCCUACAAGGUCGUCAAGUACGACACGGCGGUCGACUCUGAGCCCCUGGCUCUCAACGAUACUGCCAACUUUCAUGGGGAGCAGAAGAUUGUCGUGUGGAACAAUGGGAGCUCCGCCGUGACCUACACCGUGUCUGUUUCUGCAUCUGGGGGCUUUGAGAUGUUUAAUGCCCAGGGCCAGGUGAAGAAGUUUACAGAGAUCAGCCCUCUCGCCAUGGAGGUUGACGCUCAGGUGCCUGAGCCUUUUGUGCUUCAGGCUGGGGAGGAAAAGACGGUCAGUAUAACAUUCGCCAACCCAUACAGCAAGGGAUGGAACGCAAAAGUGCUGCCCAUAUACAGCGGCAAGGUUUUGAUCUCGGGCAGCAACGGCGAGCAGCUGUCUGUCCCCUACCUUGGCAUGGCCUCGGACCUCGAAGCCGAGAUGAAUCCUAUAUGGGCGACUGGCUUCCCUUUUUCCAGGUCGGGUACGGGAUUUGUAGAUAUAAAAGUCAAGGCAUACUACACCUUCAACCUUAGCCGCACCACCCAGGACUUUCCCAAGAUCUUCACCAGCCUUCGGUACGGAUCCGAUCAAGUGCGGUGGGAUAUCUUCGAGGCGGGAUGGACCGAAGCCAGCUGGACGUGGCCCCUCGUCCCCGGCACGGGCGGCUACAUCGGCCCUGUUGCGGAGUGGACGCAGGACGCCAACUACGUCCCGGGACGGCACAACGCCAGCCUCGUCACACCGCUCCCCCGGCCCGCCGGUACCCGCCACGGGAGCAACCAGUUCUUUUGGCUCGGAAGGCUGGGCCACAAUGGGUCUCAGAUCGCGCCGGGCAACUACACGAUGCGUUUUGCCGCCCUCAGGCCGUUUGCGGAUCCGGCAAAGUCCGAGUCGUGGAGCUUGUUCACGACGCCCGAGAUACAGGUGCGGCCGUGUCCUGGGUGUGUCGACUUGCCCUAG